UUGAGUUGUGCAAUGAAAAGGGAUAAGAUCACAACAAAAUAAACUGAACCUUAGAUCAAGUCUCCCCACUUCACCUUCAAUUAUUUGUACUUGCAAUUGUUUUCCAACAUCUUUUCCUCUGUUUUCUCUCGCCUAUUGAGCUUCUGUUCCCAUUCCUGAUGUGGGAUUCGCGUAUGCUGCUUGAGGGAGUGAUAAAGUUUCGAUCUUGGAGAUGUUUGAAUAAAUGACUCAAUGAGUUUGCUCAUCUGAAGAGAGAGAGAGAUGGGAUCUGGGAAUGGGUAUUUUGAAGGAACGACAGAGUUUAGUUUGGACCCAAAAUGGUUGGUGGAUCCGAAGCUUCUAUUGGUUGGCCCGAAGAUUGGAGAAGGCGCCCACGCCAAAGUCUACGAGGGAAAAUACAAGAACAAGAUUGUUGCUAUCAAAAUCGUGCAUAGAGGAGAGACGCCGGAGGAGAUUGCGAAGAGGGAGGGGAGAUUCGAUAGAGAAGUUGCAAUGCUGUCCAAAGUGAUGCACAAGAACUUGGUUAAGUUCAUUGGAGCUUGUAAGGAGCCGGUUAUGGUUGUAGUAACCGAGCUUAUGCUUGGCGGGACAUUGAGGAAGUAUUUGCUGAACCUACGGCCUCGGUGUCUGGAUACGCGGGUUGCCAUUGGAUUCGCCCUCGACAUAGCUCGUGCAAUGGAAUGCUUGCAUUCUCACGGAAUCAUACACCGCGACUUGAAGCCCGAGAACUUGCUCUUGACAGAGGACCACAAAACCAUCAAACUUGCAGAUUUUGGGUUGGCGCGAGAAGAGUCAUUGACGGAGAUGAUGACUGCUGAGACUGGAACAUAUCGCUGGAUGGCGCCAGAGCUUUAUAGUACAGUGACGCUUAGACAGGGGGAAAAGAAACACUAUAACAACAAGGUUGACGCAUAUAGUUUUGCCAUCGUGCUGUGGGAGCUUAUACUUAACAAACUACCAUUCGAAGGCAUGUCGAACUUGCAAGCCGCCUAUGCAGCUGCUUUCAAGAACACAAGGCCGAGCGCGGAAGAUCUCCCACAUGACUUGGCCUUAACCGUGACUUCAUGUUGGAAGGAGGACCCGAACGACCGGCCCAACUUCACUCAGAUAACACACAUGCUCCUGCAUUAUCUGUCCACGAUCUCACCUCCCGAGCGCACCAUCCCACUGCGGAUCUUCGCCUCUGAGAACGCCGUCUUCCACCCAGAGUCUCCGGGCACAAGCUCGUUGAUGGCCAAGAGAGACGACAACUGCGACACCCCAAAAACACUAGUGCAAAACAAGCCAAGAGGGUUUUUCUUCUGCUUUAAUCAGUGCUACUGAAAGGUAAAAUUCAAGCAGGACGGAAACUUUGAUAUGCUGCAGGAGACGGAGAAGGGAGACGGGGAUCGAGUGUGACUGUGAGUGUACAUUGUGGAGUUUGGGGCUGCUGUGAUGUAUUGUAGGUGUAAAAUAAGGUGCAUCCAAAGGCCUUUUGUCUCCAUU